AUGAGCCGCAACACAGCCGACCAUCAACGUCGACUAGCCAAUCUCCUCCGUCAACCAGAGAACCGCGAGUGCUGCGACUGUUCCGCAAAGCAGCCGAGUUGGGCGAGCACCAAUCUCGGUGUCUUCUUCUGUCUACGCUGUGCUGGUCUCCACCGGGCCCUGGGCACACAUGUCUCUAAAGUUAAAUCCACCACUAUGGAUACAUGGGAGGAAGAUAUGAUCCGAAGAUGUGAGGCCGUUGGAAACGCACGUGGACAGAUAUUGUAUGAACACAAUCUACCACAGCAUGUGCGGCCCAAUCCAUCUAGCAACAACGCAGUGGUGGAACGGUUUAUACGUGAUAAGUAUGAGCGUAAACUGUACUACCAUCCACAGUAUGAGGAGUUACUCAAGAAGUUUAUGCUGGAAAGUGCAGAUACAGCAAAACCCAAGUCAACCACAAACACAACAAUAACACCACCACCGAAAACAGAAACAACAACAACAAAUAAUGGGGCAUCUGUGCCAAUGUUGUGGGGUGGUGCUUGUCCAACAACAACAACAACAACAACAACAACAACAGGGAGUUCAACUCCUGCUGGCAAUAAAGAUGUCAAGAGUGGCAUUAACAUGGAUGACCUCUUCACACCAACAGUCGUACAGUCUAAUCCACAUAGUCAACAACAACUACACCAACCUCAACAACCUCAACAACCACAACAAGUUCAGCAAAUGCCAUGGUCCAAUGGAGCAGUGGGUAAUACAGUGAUGAUGAUGAUGCAUACUCAUCAAUCUUAUUCUGUAUCUCCGCAGGCUAAUUACCAGACAACACAAGUGGACGCAAAAGCGGAAAUCAUGUCUUUAUUUAGUUCCCCUUCAACACAUCACUCUAACCAUGUAUACAGCGCUUGGCAGCCAAAGCAAUCCUCACCUGGCUGCCAUCUAUCGCAAUAG